UUUACAUAAAAGAGGGCAAUGUCCUUCUAAGAAUCUACUCCUUUUCCCAUCUUCAAUAGCUUAUCAACAUGAACACUUCAAAAGACUACUCCAGAAUGGAGCAUAUUUCAUUUUCACACCACAUUCCCCAACAUCCAUCAGGAUCAAGUGGACAAUACACAUUUCACGAACAAGGAAUGCAUGCCCAAGACCUCAUUCAUUCCAGAAAUGUGGAAUUAACUGCAGAUUUGAGUUCAGCAGUCAUGGCACAUCCACCAACUGAGAUGACCAGACAAGGAUUCUCAAAUAGCAGUGAUGGUAUUACACAUGUGCCUUCUUCUGAAGCGAUGAUGAUAAACUCUAUGAGAGCUGGGAAUGAGGUUUCGAGAUCAAAUCGAAGAUUCACCAUUGGCACGCCUGUCCAACCAACGGAGUUGAUUGGUCAAUUGACUGAAGAUCGAGCAGCUGAAAGCUCUGCUAUGACUGAUCCCAUAAACAAUUUGUGGAGACGCACUUAUCAAAACGCUCCUGUUCCUGUUCGCGGACUGCUAGAUGGAUCAACGUGGGAACAAAGCUUAACGAACGAUUCCAUCAGACCUUUCAGUUCACCCGGUUGUUUAGGUACGGGACAAAAUGAAGAUUGGUCAACUGCAUCAAUGAAACCAUUUACCAACAAUGAAAAUGAACGAGUUCAACAUACUAAAGUGGAAUUAACAAAUACUGCAAACGAUUUAGCCUUUUUCGAACAUCUUACUUCUACUGAUAUCACUGAUGAACUCAGAGAAAUUUCACCGGAAUUCUCUUACGAUGCUUUACAUAGACAAGGCUCAAGUGUGAUAACUGAUGAAGCCAUAAAGACGUCCACCGAUAGCAACACGUUACCAUCUUCAGCAAAAGGAGCGAAAAAGAUCACUUCAUCCACCAGACCGGCCCGGAAAACAAAGAAAGAAAAAGAUCCAAACAGAUUGGCAGAUCGUCGAAAAAGACGAAGAGAAUCACACAAUGCGGUAGAAAGAAGACGAAGAGAUUUGAUAAACGAUCGAAUUGCCGAAUUAGCAAUGCUUUUGCCAAAAGAUGAUUUAAUGGACGCAAUCGCACAUUCUGCAAGUGGUGGAACGAUGCCACAUAUUAAUUUGAAACCAUUUUUACCGCAAAGACAAGACCUUUUACAAGAUAGUUUGUUCAUUGACGGUCAUCAAUUAGAAGCAAUCGCUCAAAGCAAACCAAACAAAGGUAUCAUCUUGACCAAAGCUGUAGAGUAUAUCCGUUAUCUUCGUCAUGCAUGCGCGAUUUUGCGUCAGGACAACGAAAGAUUGCAAGCUGGAGGUCGAUUCGACAAUCAACACCUUUGAAGGGCAUGCUAUACUUCGAGCAAUUCUGUAUGCUCUUUCCUAACACAUGUCUGGACCCCGGACCCCAACCCCCCAUUGUCACGCUUGUGGAAAUAUGGAUUUAAAUGCUUCAUAAUAUUCACAUACUCCUGUCAACGUUUGAGCUGAUUUCUCUGA